AUGGAUGUGGGCGAGUUCCAAGAGUUCUCGGAGCCCUGGCACGUGGUGCAGCCAACCGGUUCGCAGCCAGCUUCGCAGCCUGUAGCGGAAGUGCAGGAGGAGCAUGCUGAAACUCGCAUGGACGAGGAAGCUGAGAACGAAGGAGCAGAAGAGGACAGUGGGCUGUACGAGGAGUCAGCUGAGAACGUGGAAGCAGCAGAAGAGGACAGCGGGAUGUACGAGGAGCAAGCUGAGAACGUGGAAGCAGCAGAAGAGGACAGCGGGCUGUACGAGGAGUCAGCUGAGAACGUGGAAGCAGCAGAAGAGGAGCAUGCUGCGGGGCAUCCGGAAGAGCAGCAGGACAGUGGGAUGUACGAGGAGUCAGCUGAGAACGUGGAAGCAGCAGAAGAGGAGCAUGCUGCGGAGCAUCCGGAAGAGCAGCAGGAGCGAGCUGAAACUGGGAUGGACGAGGAGCAAGCUGAGAACAAGCAAGCCAUGCACGAGGAGCAAGUCCCGCAGCACGCAGAAGAUGUUGAGGAGCCACCGCCAGAGGUGGCCGCAUCGCAGGCAUUGCAAUGGUCGCAGGGUAUGUGUGAUGCUUCGCCCGAUGACUGCAUUGACAACACGCUGCAAGUCAUGCUUGAUCUUUCCGAGGAUCCGCUUGCCCUCCCCAGCACGCCGCUGGGGCAUCCGCCGGAUCUCAUCCAGUCAAUGCCUCGGGAGCAUUUGGCCAUUUUUGCUCGGCAGGACAUGUCCGACAAAAGUUUGCGAGUUUGCAGGAAUUUGCUGGAAGCACCCUGGAUGGAUCAUGGAGGCGAGCUGGUCCGCUUUGAGGAGCGCGCGAGAGAGCCCACUGGCACGGAGUUCCAGCAGACGGUCGUCCGGCUCGGCGCUUAG